AUGGCGACCGAGAGCGUUGUUGGUGUAGAUACUUAUGCUAAGGGAUACCCCGACAGAACAGACAAGAGGCAAAGAGACCAGCCGACAGAACAGACAAGAGGCAAAGAGACCAGCCGACAGAACAGACAAGAGGCAAAGAGACGGCUGGUCUCUUUGCCUCUUGUCUGUUCUGUCGACAACAGAACCGACAAGAGGCAAAGAGAACAGCCGACAGAACAAACAAGAGGCAAAGAGACCAGCCGACAGAACAGACAAGAGGCAAAGAGACCAGCCGACAGAACAGACAAGAGGCAAAGAGACGGCUGGUCUCUUUGCCUCUUGUCUGUUCUGUCGACAACAGAACCGACAAGAGGCAAAGAGAACAGCCGACAGAACAGACAAGAGGCAAAGAGACCAGCCGACAGAACAGACAAGAGGCAAAGAGACCAGCCGACAGAACCGACAAGAGGCAAAGAGAACAGCCGACAGAACAGACAAGAGGCAAAGAGAACAGCCGACAGAACAGACAAGAGGCAAAGAGACCAGCCGACAGAACCGACAAGAGGCAAAGAGAACAACCGACAGAACAAACAAGAGGCAAAGAGAACAGCCGACAGAACAAACAAGAGGCAAAGAGAACAGACAAAAGGCAAAGAGACCAGCCCACAGAACAGACAAGAGGCAAAGAGACCAGCCCACAGAACAGACAAGAGGCAAGACCAGAAUCUGCUCUUGCAAUGA